AUGCCGGCUAUUACUCAGAGCCUUGCCUUUAUCGGCGCAUCUGGAGCGCCCCCACCCCAUCUCCCGAGCACCUUGGUCUUGCCACCUGACAUUUUCCACAAUCUUGGUCACUACUCCCCCUGGUUUCCCGCUAAUGCCCUGUCGCAACAGGUCGACAACCAUGAUGAAUGCGAGGUAACCUUUGUUAGCCAGCUCGAACGACACGGCUCCCGUUACCCGACCGGUGGCGCAUUCAAGGAACUGCGCAAGACGCUUCAACAGAUCGCUUCGCAUCUAAAGCAUGUACCUGAUGCAGGCCAGAACGUUGCACCUACCGAAGCGCUCGAGCCGCAGCUCCAAUGGCUUCGUCACUGGGUUGAUACCAAAAAGACGGAAGAUGGCGGCCUGCGCAAUCGUCUCGGCAACUCGGAGCUGACGCCAUACGGUCAAUUCGAAGCUUAUUCUUCAGGCAGACGCUUCUAUGAACAGUAUGCACACCUUUUUGAAGCGCAGCACGUUCAGGUCAACGCCGACUACAACGUCGAGCUGAAUCAUGCAAGCUCCGCUCUCGAGUCUCUCUGCAGAACGUCCGAGGUAUCUUCCUCCUCCGGCAUCUGGACUGCGGCACAUCUCUUCUCCCGCGUUCGUCGAGCCGUAUGUCGCCUCCUGGACUCAGGCUCAACCGCCGAUUCGGCGCAGCUAGGUCAGCAACUCGCCAAACGUCCCUUCGUUCGUGCAUCAGGAGCCGAUCGCGUCAUCACUACCUCCCGCUUCUGGCUCCAGGGCUUUGCGCAUUCUCCUGACAAACCAUUCCAGCACGCCCCGCCCGAGUCGGCUCCAUGGCCACAAAAAGGUCGACCUGUGGUGAUCGACGACCUCAAGAGCGACAAGCCGCACAGGCGAAUCCGCAACCUUCCCGAGCCCGAUGUCAUCAUCUCCGAAGCACGCAAAUCAGACAAGCUUGGUCAGAUUACUAGCAACAACACGCUCGACGUCUACACGUGCUCAGCUUUCGAGCGUGACUAUCGCGACAAUGCACAGAGCCUUGCUUCCCGCAAAACAGCGUCAUUCUCGAGCAACGCUACCGCAUCCAUUCGGGCGCGACUAGCGAGCCAGCUCGGUGUGCGACGCGGUGGAAGCAAAGAUCGACGCGGUGAAAGGAUCCAUCUGGAGCCUCGCCAGGUGUUACAGCUGUUCAGUCUGUGCGCCUUUGAUACUGUGGCGAGACUCGACCCUUACGGACUCUGGUACAACCAACCAGAGCGCAACAAAGACGCCAUGAGUCCCUUCUGCAGCCUGUUUGAGCCGGAAGAAUUCGGCAGCAUUUACGAAAUUACUACCGACUUGGAAAAGGACUACGGCUUUGCAACACACAACCCUCUGCACAAAGCCCUCGCCACUCCUUGGUUGCGAGAGCUUCUGGCGAGGCUUGAGAACAGACGACCCGUCAUGUCUCCUCCAACGUCCAUCAACACUACCCUCGAUGAAGAUCGCGCUACGUUCCCCGUGUCAGCCGCACAAGGCCCACGCGCUUUUGUUGAUUUCACUCAUGAUAACCAGCUCGCACCUGUGAUCGCUGCGCUUGGAUUAUGGGACGAGGAUCAUCGUUGGACCACUUCACAGACUACGCCUUUCUCAGGGAGGAUGACGGUAGAGAGAUUGGAAUGCCGGGGCGAGGCAUACAUUCGCGUCUUGGUCAACGACAAGCCUGCUAAUGUCUCCCAUGGAAGCUGGUGCGCCCAUACACCAGGAUUCAAGACCUCUCACGACGACCAUCUCUGCCCUCAGAAUGCAUUCCUCGAACCUCUUCAGUGGGUCGAUCAGCCAGAUGAGUGGGACAAGUGCUACACAAAGACGGGCGCAAACGUUGAUUAG